GCCACGGGAGGAGCAGCACCAUCGAACCACACGCGUCUCCAUUCAACAGCUAGUCCGGCGCAGGCUCCGUGUCGCCGCUGUUGUUCGGCCAGGCUGCCGGCGGCGGCGCGCGCGUAGCUUCAGGCGAUGUCGGCGCAGGCGGGGACAGGGACGUACUCCCCGGCGGCUGCGUCAGGGGACAAGCGGCGGGAGAGGAGGGAGGAGCUGCGGCGCCACCUCGCCGAGGAUGCCGACUGGCCCCGCGCCGACGGACGCUCCUUCCAUGACUGCCGGCCAGCGUUUAUGCAAACAGGACCAACUACUGCUGCAUCAGGGUCUGCUUAUGCAGAAUUUGGGAAGACAAAGGUCAUUGUCUCUGUGUUUGGGCCAAGAGAAAGUAAGAAAGCAAUGAUGUAUAGUGAUGUUGGUAGGCUCAAUUGCAAUGUGAGCUAUACGACAUUUGCCACUCCAGUACGUGGACAGGGAGCGGACAACAAAGAGUACUCAUCAAUGCUUCAUAAAGCUUUGGAAGGCGCAGUAAUGCUACACACUUUUCCAAAGACCACUGUUGAUGUUUUUGCCUUGGUUCUUGAGUCUGGUGGCAGUGAUCUACCAAUCAUUAUAUCGUGCGCUAGUCUUGCACUGGCAGAUGCUGGAAUCAUGAUGUAUGACCUCGUUACAUCUGUAUCUGUGUCCUGUUUUGGAAAGAACAUCAUCAUCGAUCCAACCUCGGAUGAGGAAGCAUGGCAAGACGGAAGCCUCAUGGUAGCUUUCAUGCCAGCCCGCAAGGAGAUUACCCAACUCACACUCACUGGAGAGUGGAGUGAUGGCAAAAUCACCAAUGCUGUUGAGCUCUGCAUGGAUGCUUGCAGUAAGCUUGGUGAAAUACUGCGCGACCGCUUGAAAGAUACUGCCACCUUGACGAACGAAUGACACUGCUGAGACAACACUUGCUACAAGUAUCCUUAGCUGUACAAAAAAGCCUGUUUGAGUGAGCAUACAUGGUUAUGGUGAUUAAUUGAUUAUUUCCAUCAUGGCAAAAGAGUGAAUUGUCAAGCAGGGAAGAAGUUGCAGGGUGUUAUGUGUGUCAUGUAAUGUACUCCUGACUUCUGACCUUCGGCUUCAUGAAGUGCCUGUAUUUUUCUCUGCACUCUAAGACUGUUGCUCACUUGCUGUACCGUAUCAUUGGAUUCUUAGUAUACUGACCUUUAUUUUGUGUUCGGGCGUAAAGCCUAUCAUCUUUUUA